UGCUGUGUGUGCAGCCUGGGACACGAGCUAAAGGAGCACAGGAGGUUUCUUGGUUGCUGCUGUGAUGCCAAGCAGCUCCAGUGCCAAGCUUUAGCUGCUGGAUCCAGCACAGUGGAAUGUGGAUUUCGACUCGGCUGUAUUAUCUGAAGAAGAGUUCACAGUGGCCUUAUCAGAAGGAGGGGCAUUCAGCUCUGCCUGCACUGUUAAACCUACAGUCUCUGCAGACUGGAAAUUUUGCUGUUUCAUUGUCAUCAGUGAACAAUUGUGGUAUCCCUGUGCUCUAGCACUUUUUCCACUGGAAAAUGGAAAUGGAGAGAAAUAUGGCAAAGUUGUUGUGGCUGCUGAUGUCCUUUUCUGAUAUUGUGCCAUUCAGCUGUGAGAAAUCAAUGAGAGAAAGAGCUAUUGAGCUGAUGCAAGAUGCACGUUUGAUUGAUGGCCACAAUGACUUUGUACUGCAGCUGAGAAUCCUUUACCAAAAUAGACUCAGCAGAGUCAACUUAAGGGAACUCAACAUGACCCACACAAACCUUGUGAAACUUCAGGCUGGUUAUGUGGGGGCUCAGUUUUGGUCAGUGUAUGUUCUUUGCAGCGCUCAGAACAAGGAUGCUGUGCGCCUGACCUUAGAGCAAAUCGAUGUUGUCAAGAGGAUGUGUAACAGCUAUGAAGAGCUGGAGCUUGUGAUGACUUCCCAAGGUAUCUCUGACAGUAGAGGGAUUGCGUGUUUGAUUGGAAUAGAAGGUGGCCACUCCAUUGACAGCAGCUUGGCAGCACUGAGGAUGUACUAUGACUUGGGUGUUCGUUACAUGACUCUAACACACUCCUGCAACACCCCUUGGUCUGAAUCAUCAUCUAAAGGAAUACACAACUUUUAUCCUAAUGUUAUUGGUCUGACUGCAUUUGGCCAAGAAGUGGUAAAGGAGAUGAAUCGCCUGGGUAUGCUGAUAGAUUUAUCUCACACCUCCUACUCCACUGUAAAAGCUGCACUCAAUAUCUCAAAAGCACCAGUAAUUUUCAGCCACUCGGCAGCAUUUUCUCUCUGUAAUCACUCAAGAAAUGUUCCUGAUGAUAUCCUCCAGCAACUGAAAAAGAACAAGGGGAUUAUCAUGGUGACUUUCAAUGCAGAUGUACUGGCCUGUGGCAGAAAAGUUGUUAAUAUUUCUACCCUUGCAGAUCAUUUUGACCAUAUAAAGGAAAUUGCAGGCUCAGAAUCUAUAGGAAUUGGUGGUGACUAUGAUGGAGUGGAACACUUUCCAGAGGGAUUGGAAGAUGUCUCUAAAUACCCUUCUUUGAUAGAAGAACUUCUUAGAAGAGGAUGGAAUGAAACUGAACUGAAAGGAGUCUUAAGGGAGAACUUUCUCCGUGUCUUCAGGGAAGUAGAAAAUGUGCGGAACACUUUUGGAGUAAUGGACGUAGGUGAAAGUGAAAUUCUGCAAGAAGCACAAAAUUCCUGUCGCCUAGACCUGCGUAAGCCUCAGCCUCAGCCAUCCAGGUCCUUUGGAUUUCCUUCUGUGGCACAACCUUUCAGUCUGACACUUGUAUCAUGUUUAAUGCUGUGUUAUGUGUCAUAAGAUCUAUGGGGUCUAGAGAUUUAUAGAAUAUUCUGCAAUGCAACUACUUAUCUUUCUGUGAUUUGUUAAUGGAAGACUAUAAUCAAUUUUAAACAUAAUUUUUAUAAAUUCAUCUUCAUAAUUGAAAAAUUAAGUAAAUUAUAAAUGAUGUAGCAAAAGUGUUUAGAAUUUGAAGUGAUAAAUUCUGUAUCACCUCAGCUGGACCAGGACCAACAUCGUUAGUGGAAAAUAGUCACAUUUAAAGAAUAAAUUCUGUAAUACUUGAUGCAUGGUUUUGGUACCCAUAUUGUGGAAUAAAUACUGGAAUCCAGAACCACCAGUUUCACACAGGAAACUAGAGAUUAUGAUUAAGAUAUCUGUGCCAAGUAGUUUUCAAAUAUUACUUCUUGUUAAAUCAUAAAACUUCCAUCAAUAGUUGAUGGCUUACUCAUCAGAGAUGGGAGAAGACCACCCCUGCCAUAUGGAGAAGAGUGCUUUUUUGGUUUGCUUGGGGUUCUGCUUUGCUUUUUAAGAUGACAAGAUGAGUGACAAGCUUAUUCAAGUUUGAACUGCAUGCCUACAACUAGCUUUAGAGACUCAUCCUGCAGUACUAAACUCUUAUUUUUGAAUCCUGACCAGGACAGUGGGCAACUGGACAAUUACUGAAGGGUGGAGGUAGAUCUCUCACGUUCAGGUGCAGGCAACACUGUGGAUACUUUUCUGUAAUUUGAGGACAGCUGUUUGCAGCAUUUUCAUGAUGAUGGGAGCAAGAACAACAAGAGGGUUGUGGAAAUCUUUUUGACAUUUAAACAAUUAUCCCUAUCAAUAACAUAUUGUAUUAUUUCAUUUCUAUUCUAGAUGGCUAAAGUCAGACCAUGGCCAGUGGAUUCAUAGACAUGAGAUUAGACAGAAAUCUUUUUAUUAUAAAUCUGCUGUUUUGGCCUUUGGAAUACAUUUUGAAAUACACAGGGUAUGCAGGGUUAGAAACUCCUAUUACAGAGAAGAGCAUAUAUUGAAAUAGGCCUGCUCUUUGUAGGCUCAAAACUGACAUUUUAGUCAAAUAUACUGAGAUUUAACAUUAAAUUAUAAGAUGGCAGCACCACAUGUUUGUAUGGUCAGUUCCCAGUGCUUGCUGGUAAAUUCUUUCCCAUGAUUCUUGCUGGUAAUGGUAAUUUUAUUAUACCAAUUUUUAUUUACUCAUAUGACAUCUAUAGAAUUUAGACUUAGUGUAGAAUAAAGGCCCUGUAACUGAUCUAAAGAAAGCAUUUGUAAACACACAAAGUAUUUAACAACAAGAGAAGGCUGAGCAUGAACAGGCUGAAAAAACAGCACAUUAGGUUUUUUCUAGAGGAAUUCGAGACUGUUCCUACCACCAUUUUCCAUUUCUGUGCUCUUUGUACAAGUAGGGUUUCUGGAAGGACCUUGUUCUUUUAUAGCUUCAAAAUUAAGCUUCAUUAAUCUUUCUGAUAAGAUGAUCUCCUUGAUAAAUAUAUUCUAAUUGUACUUCUGUAUGUUACCAAAUUCUUUACAAAUCAUGUGGAACAAUCUAGCUGCACACAAGUCAACUUUAAAAGAAUAGUUUCUCAAUAAAUACUCAUCCUGGAUAUGCAUGUAGAAAGGUGAAUUACUGAUUCAGAAGUCUGGCCUCUCUGAUAUUGCUUGACUGUAAUAAGAACACGUUUUACUGGUAAAAUGAUUAAUUCUAAUUCCCAUCAGUACUUCUUCUAAUAGGUUCAUAAGCCAUUGGAACACUUCCAUACAUGGUCUCUCUUCUCAGAACUAGGGCUCUGAUAUGCUUCAUUACACAAAAUGUAAGAUGUUUCUUUUUUCCUUCCAGCUGUUUUCUUCAUACUGUUCUGUCACUUUACCGCCUGCUAAUUUUUAUUUUUUACCUUCCCAUACUACAGCAUGGACUAAAAAUAUAUAUUCCUUUUCUUAAAGGUACAUAAAAUAUUUUUCCAUGACUUCUUGUGUAUAAUGUAUUGUACUUGUUUGUUGACUGUUUGUGCAACGAGCAAUUUGUAACCUUGUGG